UAUGUGUGUACGUACAUGGGUGCUCGGUAAAUCAGAAAAUUAAUAUCAGAUUUAUUGUAGAUUAAUUAAAAUUAGUUUUAAGUUGAAAGUGAACUUGUGCAAUACAAUCAGUUCCUACCAAUAAGACAACGAAUGACCAACCAUUGGGCAACAUAUUAAUCCACUAAACCUAAUUGUAACACAGCAAACGAUUUCAUUCAUUGAUCAACGUAUUUGUACGUUUAGCAUACGAGAAACAAUCAAUUGCAUUUUCCAUUUUACACUGGCCACAUCAGUAUUGUUUGUAUUAGCGACGCAGGUGGACGUUUUGUUUGUUAUUAACUGCCAGCGAAAGUCAUGAAUGAAGCACCUGAGCAGAGCAAAAAGCGUCAAAAGACGUGCCUCCAGGUCGCAACGAAUGUGACCGAACAGAAGCAUCAUGUCACCCGGGAGACUCGAGGCAGGAAUUUGGGAUUGUGUCGCGGCUUUAGGGGCUGCACCGUGUGGCUAACAGGUCUUAGUGGAGCCGGGAAAACGUCGAUUGCCUUUGAGCUGGAGGCGUAUCUGGUCUCGAGAGGUAUACCCGCCUAUGGCUUGGAUGGCGACAAUAUACGCACCGGUUUGAAUAAGAAUCUUGGCUUUACGCCUGCCGAUCGGGAGGAGAAUAUACGGAGGGUGGGCGAGGUGGCCAAGCUGUUUGCAGAUAGCGGCGUUGUGGCCAUCUGCAGCUUUGUGUCGCCUUUUGCGGACGAUCGCGAGAUGGCGCGCAAGAUACACAAGGAUGCGGGACUGAAGUUCUUCGAGAUCUUUGUGGAUACGCCGUUGGCCGUGUGCGAAACGCGCGAUGUGAAGGGGCUGUAUAAGAAGGCGCGCGAGGGCGUCAUCAAAGGCUUCACGGGCAUCACCCAGGAGUAUGAGCGGCCCCAGCAUCCGGAACUGGUGGUCAGCACGGAUGACUGCACGGUGCGCGAAUCUACGCAACAGCUCGUCGCACUGCUGGAGCAAGAGGGCAUCAUUCCGCGUUCGCUGCGGGAUGUCGAUCAGCUGCCAGAGCUGUAUCCCAGCGAGGCCAGCGAAGUAGACGAACUGAGACAAGAGGCCAAAGCACUGCCGGCUCUAUCAAUUAGCACCGUCGAGCUGCAAUGGGUACAGGUACUGUCUGAAGGCUGGGCGUAUCCAUUGCGUGGCUUUAUGCGAGAGGACGAGUAUCUGCAGACGCUGCAUUUCAAUACGCUGCAAAGUGGCCUAGACGUUUCCUAUCGUGAGAACCAUUCGGUGCCCAUUGUGCUGAGCGCCAGUGAAGCAGAUAAGCAGCGCCUGGAGGGCGAGGCAGCUGUGACGCUGCAACAUGAGGGUCAAGCGGUGGCCAUACUACGUCGCCCGGAGUUCUAUUACCAGCGCAAGGAGGAACGUCUGUCGCGCCAGUUUGGCACCAGCAAUCCUAAUCAUCCGUACAGCAAACAGGUGUACGAGUCCGGAGAGUAUUUGGUUGGUGGGGAGCUGUCGGUCAUUGAGCGUAUACGCUGGAAAGAUGGCCUCGACCAGUAUCGUCUAACACCCAAUGAGCUGCGCUCGCGCUUUAAGGAGCUCAAUGCGGAUGCUAUCUUUGCCUUCCAGCUGCGUAAUCCCAUCCACAACGGGCACGCGCUGCUCAUGCAGGACACCAAGCGGCAACUGCUGGAGCGUGGCUUCAAGCAGCCGGUGCUGCUGCUGCAUCCACUGGGCGGCUGGACCAAGGAUGAUGAUGUUCCUCUGCAGGUGCGCAUGGCUCAGCAUCAGGCGGUGCUCGAUGCGGGCGUACUGCGACGCGAGGACACCGUGCUGGCCAUAUUCCCAUCGCCCAUGAUGUACGCCGGCCCCACGGAGGUGCAAUGGCAUGCCAAGGCGCGCAUGAAUGCGGGCGCCAACUUUUAUAUUGUGGGACGUGAUCCGGCCGGCAUGCCGCACCCAGACAAAGAGGCCUAUCCAGAUGGCAAUCUCUACGAUGCGACGCACGGUGCACGUGUGCUCAAAAUGGCACAAGGACUGGACAGCAUGGAGAUAUUGCCUUUUCGUGUGGCAGCCUACGAUAAGUCUGCCAGCCGCAUGGCCUUCUUUGAACCGCAACGCAAGGAGCAAUUUGAGUUCAUUUCGGGCACCAAAAUGCGCACGCUGGCCAAAACCGGGGCCAGUCCGCCAGAUGGUUUUAUGGAACCGCAGGCCUGGAAAAUACUCGCUACCUACUACCAAAAUCUACCACAGGCGUAACCCGGGAGCCAGCUAAAACAAUGUUGAGGGCCGUCCCGCACAACAAUUAGUGCAAUUUGCUUAGCUAU